GUUGGUGUGGAAUGCAGGUGAUGUCCUGGGGCACUGCUGAGCUGGGGGAGAGUGCUGGACCAGGAUGGAUUGAGAUGCUGCUCCUCACCCUCUCCAGUUUGGCUUCCCUGAGCAGCAGUGGCCAGGCAGGGUUUGUUUCUCAGCAUUCUCAGCACAGAAGAGAUGCAGAAUAUUCACAUGUGGGGUGUGGCCUCCGACCAUCCUUCGAGUCCUUCCAGAAAACCGGCAAGAGGAUUGGCACCGGGACAGACGUCAAGCCUGGGGAAUUCCCGUGGCUUGUGAGCAUCCAGAGCCAGGGGAAGCACAUCUGUGGGGGCUCCAUCAUCAGUGCCCUGUGGAUUCUGACUGCUGCCCACUGCUUUGCACACGAGCUGCCACCAGACCUGACAGUGGCCGUGGGGGGAGUGGACCUCAGCCUGCCCCUGGAAGAGCACAGCCCUGACAGCCUGAUCCUGCACGAGGAGUUCAACAGAAGCAGCCUGCAGAACGACAUUGCCCUGAUCCAGCUCAGCAGCCCCAUCGAGUUCAGCCAGGAGAAGAGCCCCCUGUGCCUGCCCUUUGUGUGUGACAUCCUGACCUGGCAGCACUGCUGGGCUGCUGGCUGGGAGAACACCACUGCAGCAUCCCAGGUGCUGCAGAAAACACAGAUGGAGCUGGUGAGCAGGGAGAAAUGCCUGCAGCAGAUCCCACAGCUGGUGGGGAGUGUGGUGUGUGCUGAGACAGAGCAAGGAGGAGGAGGAGGAGGAGGAGGAGGAGGCUGCAAGGUGGACAGCGGGGCACCCCUGGUCUGCAGCUACUGGAACACCAUGAAGUGGUUCCAGGUCGGCAUCACCACGGGAGGAAAGCCAAACCACAGGAUUUUAACACCUGUCUGCAGCUACCAGAAGUGGAUUGAGAAGGAAACAGCCAUCAGGGGAAAACCUUUCUUCACUGAGGGGGUGGACAAUGGACGUCUCAGGGUCGCUCGUUCCAGGGCUGGAACACAGGUGGUGCUUUUGGAGUAUUGUCUUCUUUUAUUCAUCUUUUUAAUAGCAGCUAAAUUACCCUGAGAGAAGAUUUUUGAAAAUAAAAUAACUGCCACUUCAUUCUU